AUGAAGAUCUUCCUGGAGGGUCUGACGGCAACACACGAUGCAUCAUUCUUCCAUGAUGAAGCGGCACGCCUCGGAAACCCGCUCCGUCAAGGCGAGCGCGGUUCGCCCCUCAACAAGGGUGGCAACCUCACGGCAGUGCACCCCGUGGUCCGGACCAACCCUGUCACCGGCUGGAAGUCGGUCUACGUCAACAAGGGCUUCACCAAGCGCAUCAACGGCGUGACCAAGGACGAGAGCGACGUGCUGCUCCAGUACCUCUUCAACCUCGUAACGCAGAACCACGACGUGCAGGUAAGAUAUAGGUGGAGCAAGAACGACGUGGCGAUAUGGGACAACAGAUCCACGUUUCACUGUGCAACGUACGACUACGAAGCCGCCCGGGCCGGCGAUAGAGUCUGCAGCUUGGGAGAGGCCCCGUAUCUAGACCCAUCCAGCACUGGGCGUCGGGAGGCCCUGGGGGUGUAG